ACGGAACAUUUUUUUCCCCCCUCAGUGGCGUCAAACACCACUUUCGCCUCUUCCCUCUAACCGAGCCAAGGCGCGUCGUCUGCGUUACAACCAAAUAAUCUUUUCAAGGCUUUAAAAAUAAGGAUAUAUAUACCUCUUUACUUCAAAUAAUAAUCUAUAAGCUAACUGACCAAAUGGGAGUACGCGAAUGGGAUCUAUAACCGCGACGUGUGUUUACUGGAAUACAAAGCAAGAGUAACGCAGACGUCGAAAUGUCAUGGUGGGAUGAGUGUGUCCAGUAACCGGAAGGAUGGAGUGCUGUGACUCUGUCUCUGAUGAUGGAGCCUCCAGCCCUUACAUGAACCGGCCACCAGGGUUCUGCAGUUCGGCUCCAUCCAGCCUACUCCACUUGCCUAAGAAUAAAGCCUCUGACCUCCCACCCACAAAGGGGGAACCCUCCCACCCACAAAGGGGGAACGGAGUGGAGGGGGAAAGCCCGGGCGAAAGGAGGACUUUGGGAAGUGGAUGUGAACAAGGAAUUGAUGAACAGGUUGACAAGUAUGCAACAGGUGAUUUUUUAGAGAAAGGCCAAGAGAUGAGAGAAGAGAAUGCUAAAUAUAAUGAUGAUGAUGAUGAUUUAGACUGUGAUGAGCUAGAACAUGAAAUUGGGGAGAUUAUCUACCAGGCUGAUGGUUCUGUUUAUGUCCUAAAGAGCCAGAGUCAGCUGCCAUUUGGAGUGGUUGGGUCCUCUUCUCGCCCUCCCAUUAUUAGCACAUGCCAUUUUGCUUUCUCCCAGAGCUCUACAUUGAAGAGCUUUCAUGUCUUCCACCUCCGUCACCACAAUAACUGGUGCCACCCGGCUGGAGAUACCCCUGUUUUGCUAACUUGCCAAUCCAAAGAUGGAGCGCUUGCCCAGACGGGCCUUUCUGACACGGGGCAGGCGUCCACUGAUGGCGCACGCCCCGUCCUUCUGUGCUUUUUCUGUCACCUGUCGUUCAACCACGUGCGCGUAUUCCGAAGUCACGUUUUGCAGCAACACAACUUCACACUUAACACGGAAGAAAGGCACCUGCUUUCGCUCCGGCACACAUGUGCCAUACUGCAGCCUGUUGGCCACAGCGACUGCCCACUCCUCAGCUUCCUAGAACCAAAAACUAUCAGCGAAUGUGCUGGAUCAAGCCAGUUAGCAGCCGCAAAUCCAGGGCACCAUGCGGUAGGCAUGCCAAGUCAGGAAGAGAGGGAAGACCUACAGAUGUCUGAGACAGGACUCCCUCUCCAGCCCUCUCUACCCAGAGCCCCCCUUCCUACCUCAGCGUUGAGCCCUGCCAAAGACCCUUCAACCCUGGGCAGAGAGGGCAUAAAGUGGAGCAAGGAUGAUUACAUAUGGAAAGAUGGCAGAAGUAGCAGAGAAACAGAGGAGAGGCUGAGCUCAGAGGUUGUUGGCUGUACAGACUAUAGAAUAAGUAGCAUUGACAUCAGUGGCGUACGAGAGCACAUGACUGAAGUGACUCUUUCAAACCAAAGCAUUCCCAAUUCUCCCAACUCUGUCACCACAGCAACCAGCUUUAUGAAUAACACCAAAUCUCGUACAGACUCUGAGUUAGAGUGUGGAACAAGCUUUAACUGCCACGGCCCCACUCCACUUUCCCCUAGUGUGCAAACCCUGCCCAUAAUCAGUACUCCAGAAGACCUCACCAAACAAGAGAGUGUGAUGGAAACUGAACCGAACAUCUUGUCAAAGAAGGGCUGUGGCAUGGCAAAUAAAGCCAGGAGCAGGGUGUGUGUUGACGACAAGACAGCUGUCAUUUACUCUGACCUACCCGAGGACCUUAGCAAUUCUCAGUCACCAGCCACCAGCCCGCCUCUGACCCAGACUAACAAAUCUCUGCCAGAAGAUGGCCAGACAGACAAUGGGUCUAGAGGGAGUUUGUUGGCUGGAGAUGAUGUGGGUUUCAUCAUCGCACAAGAUGGAAUGCAGGGAUCUUCCUACUCUUUUGUGGGUCAAGGUACCAUGACCCACUCACGAAAUUCCUGCAAGACACUGAAGUGCCCCAAGUGCAACUGGCACUACAAGUAUCAGCAGACUCUAGAGGCCCAUAUGAAGGAGAAGCACCCAGAUUCUGAAGAAGGGCAGUGCCCUUACUGUAGCAGUGGGCAGAGCCACCCACGCCUUGCUCGGGGGGAGACAUACACCUGUGGCUACAAGCCUUUUCGUUGUCAGGUGUGCCAGUAUUCCACCACCACCAAGGGCAACCUAAGCAUCCACAUGCAGUCCGACAAACAUCUCAACAAUAUGCAGAAUCUGCAGACCCAGGCACGACCACAUGCUCCCCAAGCGCAACCCAGCCCUCUGUCUCACACACACACCCCCCAGGCCAGCUCUCCUUCUCCUAAAGUCCAGGGGCGUGCGUCAUGGCGAUGUGAAGUGUGUGACUAUGAAACCAACGUAGCACGGAAUCUUCGUAUACACAUGACCAGCGAGAAACACACACACAACAUGCUUCUCCUGCAACAAAACCUGGCCCACAUGCAGCGUCAACGACGACACAGUGCCACUGAACUCUACCGCUGUUGUCAUCCCCAGAGCAGGUUGUCUGACCCCAGCCUGGCAUUGCAAGCUGACGAGGCUGUACAAGAGCCUCCCCAGAAGCUGGCAGAGGUAGAUGCUCCAGAGGCACUGUUUGAAUGUGCGCUAUGUGAUCAUUUCUCCUCAGACAGCCUGGAGACUCUUAGUCAGCAUCUGGCCAAACAGCGCUCACUUCCUGAUUCCAGUUGGAGGAGCACGGCUGGUGACGCCCACAAUUGCCGGCUGUGCCAUUAUGCCACACCCCUGCGGGCCAACUUCCAGCUGCACUGCCAGACAGAUAAGCACCUUCAGCGCUACCAGCUAGCAGCACACCUGCAAGAAGCCAGACGCCACAAUGGAAACCAAGAGGAAGAUGAGGAAUGGCUGCUCAGGUGUAUGUCCACUGGUAUUCAAGUGCAGCUGAGGUGUAAUGCAUGCAACUAUGAGGCCAACAGUCUGGAGAAGCUAAAACUACACACAGUGAACCCCAGACAUGAGGCCAGCUUGAGACUGUACAAGUAUUUACAGCAGUAUGCAGGAACCGUGUCUGAUGGUGGGUGGCUGCACUGUGUGCUGUGUAAUUACUCCACCCAGAACAGUCUCAGUCUUGUGCAGCACUCCAAUUCAUUGAGUCACCAGAGAGGGGAGGGAUUACUCAGACUACAGCAAAUCCAGAAAGGUUUCCAGGACGAAGAGGAGGAGCUUGGUGCCAUGUUUAAAAUAAGAAAGACUCCUGCUCAAGAUAAUGGAGAUGUGAAUGAGAUGGAGUCACCCACUGAGAUUACUGUUGACCAGGAGGACCGGACCAAACAUGCAGACACAAGGGGGGAGAAAACGGGAGUAUCCAUUCAUGAGGAAAAUGGACAGAGUGAGCCUUAUGCCAGUCCCAAACGCCCCAGCUCUGCACCUGGUGAAACAGAUGACUCCUUACCACUAAAACGGCCUCGAGCACAAGAGGAAAUUUCCUCCGAACAGGUGCGGCAGUGCCCAUUCUGUCGAUUUUGUCAUGCUGAUCUUGGCCGUCUGCGGAGUCAUGUGAUGAUCCAGCACGCUGUCCAACCCACUCUCCGCUGCCCUCUGUGCCAGGAGACUCUGCGCAGCGUCACCCUGCUGCGCACACAUCUCACGCACUUGCACAGUGUGACUGCAGACUGUACGCAGAAACUCAUCAAUACGGUGAUUGCCUCAGAUGUGCUGCCAGAAAAGAUGUUCUUACCAGUACAGGGCUCCAGUUCCCAGCAGACAAAGGCAGAUUCCAGUUAUAAUGGAGUGAAGAGACUUGAGGAUCAAGGUGAAGGUGAACAAGAGAGAAUCACUACAUGUCAAACAGAGAUAUCAAAAAACCCAAAGCCGCACUUAGAAGAUGCAGAAUCCACCAAGGAAAACACUGCUGCUUUCCCCUGCUGGCAGAAAGGCUGUAACAAAGUACUUGCGUCAUCCAGUGCUCUCCAGAUGCACAUCAGCCAGUUCCACAGCCAAAGGCCGCAAAUGCCGAUUUCCGAUCGCCAUGUCUACAAAUACCGAUGCAGUCAGUGUAGCCUUGCCUUUAAAACUGCUGAAAAGCUGCAGCUGCAUUCUCAGUACCAUGCCAUCAGGGCUGCCACCAUGUGCUGUCUCUGCCAACGCAGCUUUCGUACACUUCAGGCGCUGAGGAAGCACUUGGAAACAAGUCACCUAGAGCUGAGCGAGGCCCAACUGCAGCAAUUAUGUGGCAGUCUGCUGAUGACUGAAGACCUCCUGAGUGGUGAAGACCAAAGUCUUGGUGAGGAACAGGGAUCAUUUGAAGAGGAGAGAGUGAAGGAAGACGAAGAAAGUGACAUGGAGGAGAAAUCAAGCCCUGGAGACAGUUAUUUGAGUUUACUUCGAGAAGAUGUUGAACCUAAUGCAAAGCAUUUUGUUAUGCCUCAGAGAAAAGGCCCAAAUGUGUCAACAGAAAAAUUUUUGGAUCCAUCAAGACCGUUCAAAUGCACAGUCUGUAAGGAAUCUUUCACACAAAAGAAUAUUCUCUUAGUCCACUAUAACUCUGUCUCACACUUGCACAAAGUUAAGCGUUCUGUGCAAGAUUCUUCUGGCCUGCCGGAGUCUGUCAGCAGCAGCACUGACCACAAACCCUUCAAAUGUAGCAUUUGCAAUGUAGCUUACAGCCAGAGUUCUACCUUAGAGAUUCAUAUGCGAUCUGUCCUACACCAAACCAAAGCUCGUGCAGCCAAGCUUGACUCAUCAGGAGCAAGCUCAGUUUCCUCUAACCCUCUGCUUGGUAAGGCGGUUUCCUUAACAGAGAGUACAUCCAGCUCCCACACAGCCUUGAAGUGCAUGACUGCUGGGACAAACAUGAGCUGUACCUCUUCAGCUCUUGAUCAACCUCAGCUGAACCACCAACAGAGCACUGAAAACAAUGUCAUAUCAAGCCAAAACACCUGUCUUUCCACGAUGUCUGAGGAGUACAAGAAGAAGCAAACAGUAGACACAGUGGCAUCAACCACAAGGCAGCAUAGAUUAUUACAGCAGCAGUUACAGCAACAGCAGUUAGUACAGGCCCAAGCUCAGAUCCAGCAGGAGCUCCAGAAGAAAGCAGCCCUCCUCCAAUCCCAUUUGUUCAAUCCAGCGCUACUUCACCAUUUCCCUAUCACAACAGAUGCUCUCCUUCCACUGCAACAGCAACAGCAGUUUCUGCUUCCCUUCCUCAUCCCAGGAGGGGAGUUCCAGAUCAAUCCUGAACUAAACUUAAAAGGCUUAGGGUUGAACCUUAGCACAGCAAAGCCAGUAGCACCUGAAGAUCCCUCUGAGACAUUGCCACAGAGUAGCCUUAUCUCUGCCUGUAAACAACAACAGAAUGGAGAUGCCGCUUGUGCUCGUAACCAGUUACUGUCUCUGGUUCCUGAGGAGGAGGUUCCUGUUCCUCAAAAUGCUAAUUGUGUGACCUUUGAUCUUCAAAGUAACAAACGUGUAGAUGAACAAAGCAAUAAUAAAGCAGCCGUGAAGGUUCAUGAGCCAACCUUUCAUGAUGGUAUUGAUGGGUUCAGAGCACAAGAAGAUAUUGAAGAUGAGGUUUUAAGUAGUGGAGAAAUUUUGAGUGAGUCAAUUCCACCACGAGUAGCUCAUGAUGCACCUGGGAAUGUUUCGAAAGCUUUGCUGGAGAACAUAGGAUUUGAGUUAGUCAUGCAGUUUAAUGAAAAUAAGCAACAGUAUCAGAGAAAUCAGGCUGAGGCUGUACCAAAUGAACAGACAAUGCCCAAAGAGGUGGAUCAUUCAGAGUUCUUUGGGAAGCUAGAGUGUGAAUCCUGUGGGAAGCUUUUUUCAAAUGUGUUGAUACUAAAGAGCCAUAAAGAGCAUAUUCACCAAUCCAUUUUUCCGAUACACUCAUUAGAGAAAUUUGCCAAAGACUACAGAGAACAGUAUGAUAAACUAUUUCCUUUUAGACCUGCAACUCCUGAAGCUUCGCCCCCUCCCCAAUCCCCUGCUGCAUCUCCACCCAUUCCCACUCCAACAGAACCACCUCACCAGAAAGCUGUAUCAUGCAUUCGUGUCUCUGAAACCAUGGUCACCCCCCCUACUGGCUCCACUCCUCAAGUUCCAUUAACUCCACUUCCUUUACCCAUUGACUUGCCACUCUUUCCCCCACUUAUGAUGCAUUCCAUGCCUCUGCAGGCUUUGACCCCUCAACUCCCAGUACAUCUGCCAGCUGUUGAGGCUGGCCUCACACCCGACUUAGCACAGCUUCAUCAGCACCAGUUAACUCCUGCUCUGAUGCAGCAGGGAAAAAGACCUCGAACCAGAAUCACAGAUGACCAAUUAAGAAUUCUACGACAGUAUUUCGACAUCAAUAACUCCCCAAAUGAAGACCAAAUCCAGGACAUGGCCAAUAAAUCUGGACUAUCACAUAAAGUUAUAAAGCACUGGUUUAGAAACACACUGUUUAAGGAGCGCCAGCGCAAUAAGGAUUCUCCAUACAACUUCAGCAAUCCACCCAUCACAACACUCGAAGAUGUCAAAGUGGAUUCCAGGUCAUCCUCUCCUGAGCCUCCAAGACAUGAGUGUUCUGCAGGAAAGAGGUCCUCAAGGACCAGAUUUUCUGACUUCCAGCUCAAGGUCCUGCAGGAUUUCUUUGAUGCAAAUGCUUACCCUAAAGAUGAUGAAUUUGAGCAACUCUCAAGCCUCCUGAAUCUUUCGACUCGUGUCAUUGUUGUGUGGUUUCAAAAUGCCCGUCAGAAAGCCAGGAAGAAUUAUGAGAACCAGGGAGAAGGAGGAAAAGAUGAACAUCGGGAGUUUUCUAAUGAGCGCUAUAUUCGUAGUUCCAACAACUAUCAGUGUAAGAAAUGCAAUAUGGUGUUUCAGCGAAUUUUUGAUCUCAUCAGUCAUCAGAAAAAAGUGUGCUAUAAAGAUGAUGAUGAUAAUGAGGCACAGUUUGACCAAAAUGAGCUUUUUAUAGAUCCUAUACCUCCCACUCCAUCUGAAUCCUCAAGCCCUACUCCAACACCCUCAACCUCCAGCCUGUCAAAUUGCAUAGAGUCAAAUACAGAUGUAAAGCAUGGAAAUAAAGAGCAGUUAGAUCAUAUUUCUGUCUCUGGUUAUCUUACGGAGAGAGCAGCUUGUGACCCUUACCAGAGUUUUGCUAACACAAAACUUGAAGAGUCAAAUGAAGUGCUAAAUCCUCAUGAUGAAGAAAAGCUACAGGCAAGCACCCAAACCUGUCCCAUAUCCCCUCUGCAACAGCAGUCUAAUGCUUCUGUGUCUCAGACAAGCCCAGUUCCAUCUCAGAAUUCUCAAAAGAAUUUAAACUCUUUGACAAAUCCUUCCCAGCAACCACAGUUAAAGUCAGUGCAGCAAAUGACCCCUUACCAGUGCAUUCAGUGCAAACUGAGCUUCCUUUCUUUUGAACAUUGGCAGGAGCAUCAGCAGAUGCACUUCCUGGUUGCUCAAAAUCCUUUUGUUACACCACAGUUCCUUGACCGCCCUGUGGACAUGCCUUUUAUGCUUUUUGAUCCAGCUAAUCCUCUGCUGGCCAGGCACUUACUUUCUGGAGCAUUUCCACAGAUACCUGCCAGUUUGCCCUCAGUUGCAGCCAUUCCUGACUCAACUAUAAACUCCUUAAAGAGGAAGCUUGAACAAAAAUCAGGAACCACUUCUCUGGAAAAUGACUGGGACAGCAAUGUGGAUGAUCCCCAGCGGGACAAGCGCAUGAGGACAACCAUCACCCCAGAGCAGCUGGAGAUAUUAUAUCAGAAAUAUCUCUUAGAUUCUAAUCCUACACGCCAAAUGCUUGAUCACAUUUCCCAGGAGGUGGGCCUCAAGAAAAGAGUUGUUCAAGUAUGGUUCCAAAAUACACGAGCACGUGAGAGGAAAGGCCAGUUUAGAGCUCUGGGUCCAGUCCAAGCCCACCGACGAUGUCCAUUCUGUCGAGCACUUUUUAAGGCACAAACUGCCCUUGAUGCUCACAUACGUUCACGACAUUGGCAUGAAGCCAAAACUGCAGGAUACAGCAUGGCAAUAUCUGGUAUGACUCAGGAAAGCUGUUUACAGAUGCUAAACCAAGGUGAUAUUUUAACUUGCCCAAAUUCUCCAAUUGGUAAAAGCAUGGAUCCAUCCUCACACCAGCAGCGUCUGAGUCCAAGGCCAUCAAAGGGUGGGGGAAUAGAUGACUUUGGAGGACCAUCUAUUUCAGCCCAGCAGUCUUUUGAACGUAACAAGCUAGAUAACCAUAAGAGUGCUUCUAUAAACACAGUCCCAAAUGAAGUCACAACAGAUGAAGAAAAUUUUCCUGUUGAGGUGAAACAUAAUAGUAUCGAUCAGUUAUCUUUUAGCUCUGAGAGAGAGGCCUCUUCAGAAAGUGAAGACAAGUUGUCCUCAGGGCUGGUUAGCCCAGCAAUGAGUUUCAAUGCUAAAGAUUUUGAAAAUGAUUUAAUAUUCGAUUACAGUGAGAAUUCAAGCUUAGCUGACCCUGCCUCUCCCUGUCCCGGAGGAUCAAACAGUCAAAACAUAGAUGCUGACAGGCAUGGUCAAAAACGCUACCGUACGCAGCUAAGCAGCCUGCAAGUGAAAGUGCUUAAAGCCUGCUUCAGUGAUUACAAAACCCCCACCAUGUUGGAGUGUGAAGCUUUAGGAAAUGAUAUUGGACUUGCAAAGAGGGUAGUGCAGGUGUGGUUCCAGAAUGCUCGUGCAAAGGAGAAGAAAGCAAAGCUCAGCCUUGCCAAGCAAUUUGGCACAGAGAGCACAUGUACUGAGAGACCCAAGACAGAAUGCACUCUGUGCGGUGUUAAGUACAGUGGUUGUCUCUCUGUGCGGGACCACGUCUUCUCUCAGCAGCAUCUUGCUAAAGUAAAAGAGGCGUUAGGGGGACAAAUGGACAGGGAUCGGGAAUAUUUGGACACUGCGAGUGUUCGCCAACUGAUGUCUCAGCAAGAAGCGGAUAAUAUAAAGAAGUUGAGCGAGGUCCUGGCAGUAGUACAGCCACAGUCUUCAGAAGGUUCAGGGGUCUUUAAUCACACUACACCUCAAUAUUUAAAUCGGCCAAGGGCUGGCAGCACAUCAGCAAGCUUCUCUUCAGCAAAAUCAGAGCCCAGUAAUCCCCCCUCAAAUGGACAGAUCAGCAGGCCCAAUACAUCAUCCUCUUCCUCCAUGUCAGCCAUCACUGAAAAAGUUCCAGUCAGCACAACCAACUCUGUCUUAACCCCAAAGAAUACAGAGUUGGACUUGCAACUCCAAGUUUCCAAAGAGAACAACUCUGAAAAUAACAGUAAUCCUACUGAAAAGAUUGAGAGGGCUUCUACUGGCAAUGCUAGUCAUUCAAACUCUCGUAUUAGUAAAGAUAAACAAGACUCUUUCACACCAGCUGCAUCUACACCAAAAUCUGGUAAGGAAUAUACCAUGGAACCAGCUCAAAUACAAGCUCUGCAAGCAGCAGGAACUACUGACCAGGCAGCCUUGCUCUCCAGUCCCCUCCUUCCUUGUCUUAUGCCAGGAUUCCCUCAAAUUUUCCCUCCACAGAUUCCUACAGCACUUCCUGGAAGUUUUCUACAGCCCAUGUUUGGUAUGGAAAGCAUGUUCCCUUAUGGCCCGGUCCUGCCACAAGCUCUAAUGAGUCUUUCCCCAGGCUCCAUUCUCCAACAAUAUCAGCACAAUUUGCAGGGAGCACUGAUGCAGCAUAGGCUGCAGCUUCAACAGAAACAACUGCUGCAACAACCUCAGAAAGCCAAGGCUAGCCAAAUCUCUGCUCUAGCACAUUCUCAGGAUCUUGCUCAUAACAAGGAGUCUGUCUUGGAUUCAAACAAACCUGGGAAAAGUUCCUCUACUUUCUCAUUUGGCAACACUAAGAUGGACAGUAACUUCCUAAUCACCCAAUGUAUUGUCUCCAAAGUGACAUGCAGAGAGAAAGGUAAGGAUGUUGCCUUGUAUGACUGCCUUGCCUGUCACAUCUCUCUCAAUGGAAAUGAACAACUCCUUCAGCACCUGGAGUCCCCUCAGCACAGACAGAGAGCAGCGGAGCAAUUGAAUGCCAAAGAGCAUGCCUCUCGUCUUUUACCUCACAUCAGUCCCUCAUCUACCUCGCAGCCAAACCCACCCAACAACCAGACAUCCCUUCCAAUAUCACAGACCAAGCAGUCUGUACCAGAGAGUUCCUCUGCCAUCUCCAGCAUCUCCAGGCCAACAGUUCCGAUCCCCAGCACUUCACCUGAGCAACUCACCAAAAUUCCAUCAACCUCUACAGCUUUAUCUGGCGCUGCACAACCUGCCUGUCCUCCAGUUUCUCCAUCACUACAGCUUUCUUUACCCUCAACUGUUACCUCAAGCCUAAACGGCCAUGUUAUGAGUUGUCAUUUAAAACCAACAGACUCUGCCAGUGGGUGUUACAACAAUGAUGGGUCAGCAGAGGAACAAGAGUCCACAUAAUAUAUUGGAGCUAAAGGCUGAAUGCUGACUAUUGCAACUGUAGCUGUAAUUUUGUCUGCCUUGGAACAGACUCCAUUGUAUUAAAAAAAAAAAAAAAAAAAGAGAGAGAGAGAGAGACAAAGGAAGAUUGAGAGAGAAAUGGAUGGUAUUUGGUGGAAUAAAAAGGCAAGAGAUGAGAGCCCAGUGAUGGUUUGAAAAACUUUUAAAGGGACUGAAUCCUGUAGGUAGGAUAUAACUUGCAUUUUCAAUGCUUGUAACCAAAAAAGUGUCAGUAGAAUGUUUUCCCACAUCAAUAUGCUGGUGAAUUUAAACUUGAGAAUACAUAAACACUGUUUGGAAACUGAAAUGUGCACAGCUAAGAACUGGAGUAGAACCUAAGAUGGUUUUAUGAUUACUUAAUAACUAACUAACCAAAAGUCUGUUUAUUCUUUGUUUUAAACACACCAACAAAAAAUUUUACACAAUUGAAGUGUUAAUAUAAUAUUGGCUUGCAAAACUAAUGCAUUUUAAUGUUGUCUACUCUCAGGUCAACAUGCAUUCAUUUUGUUCUGCUACUGAACAUUGGUGUUAAAAAAACAAAACAAAACAAAAAUAGUUCUGAUGUAUACCAAGAGAAAAAAUUUAAAUCCAAAUGACUUGUUGGAAACAAAAAUGUUAAAACCUAGUUUGCUUUGUCAAUGAAUCUUAUAAAUGUUUUCUUUUUUUAUACUGGACAGGUACAUGUCCAGACAAAGACUAACGCAGACUUUAAUUGUGAAGAGAAAGAAUAGGGGGUUGGGUUUUUAUUUGUUUUUCUUUUUUUUAAUCCGAAAAAGUUAUUGUGUUUAAUAUUAGAUACAUGUACUGACAUUUUGGUGUUGCGUAGAUUGUUAAAUUCAAAUGACAUAAGUGUGAGGUAGAUUUAAAAGAAAUGACUUGUAUAUUUAAUUUUUGUCAAAGACACUUGAGGUUGCCAGUGUUAAACAUUUUAUCCUGUCUGACCUAGUUGAACAGUCUUACUGUGCAACUGUCCCACCUGUGCUGAGCCGAGUUAACAGACCACAUCUGUAAAUGUCGGUGCAGAUUUAAGAAAUGGUUUUGUUCUCUUUAAAACUUAUAGCAUUUAAUUUGUGCACUUAACUUUUUUAUGCUCUCUAAGUCACUCUUUUUUACUUUGUUGACAGUAGUUUCUUAUUCUCCUCUUGAACAAAGUAAUUUUCUUCCUGAAUGUUUCUGCACUUGCCAUAUAUGAUGACACCAACAACAAUAAUGUUACUAAUGAAAACAAUAACUCACAGUAUUGCUUUAAAGGAAAAUCCAAAGAUAAAGUACCAUUGGUGCAUACAAAGGAUGGGAGAAAACUCUUUAUAUUUGAGAAAAAUAUUACUGUUUUUAAGGAAAGGAAACCUUUUUAGAUGAUGGAGUCAGCUAUGAGAAUACUGUUUAAACUUUAGAACAUUUGUGACCUCAUAUGUAAAACGAACAGAAAACCAAAAACCGCAAAGCCUCUCUGCUGAGAGUAUAGGACAUCACCGAGGUUCAGCCACUGCAGUUUGUAAUAUAGGUGGAGAUUGUUCUGUUUACCUUGUCACUGGCUUAUGUUUUUGUCUGUUUGUUUAUUGUUGCUUUUAUUUUUAUUUGCUUUGCUCAACAUGCUUGGUUUUAUUUUUGGAGGAAAUACAGUGUGCUGCUAUUGUAGUUUUGUAUUGAUACUAAGAUGCAUGCUCGAUUUUGCUUUUUGCUGAAGCUUUAAUGACUACACACUAGCCAGAGCACCUGUCUCCAUUUCGCUGCAGCUCUGCCCACAUGCUCCAAGACUACUGUGAAGACUGUGAAUGAAUAUCCAUUAACCAUGCUACUUUCUCCUCUCUAAACAACCAAUGUUAACUGAACCAACAAAUGAUGAAAACCAAUGAUGUUAUAUUUAUACAAAGUUUGCAUUCCAAAUAUCACAUUGUUGUUUCAGUGAAUUGUUUUUCUUGUAUUCUCCUGAUUAGGGGGACUGUACCGUGUACACUCAUGCCUGAGUCUGGACUUGCUGUGAGACUCCGUUUACUGUAUGUGCUCCUGGAAAUGUUGUUACUGUCGCGAUCGCCAAAUAAUGUACAUGUUCAUUAUGCACUUGUGUUUAUCACGUGAUUCAUUGGGCUAGUGUCUCUCCCGUCCUCUCUUAUACAAGCAUUCAGAUUCAAUAAAGUCUGCUUCAUUUUA